AUGGCCGGGCGAUCUGGCGGAGGUGGAGGCGGCCCGGGCCCGGGCCAAAACCCUCGCGGAUGGGACUUCCGAUGGGGAUCUGACCGUGCCGGUGGUAGAGGUGGCGGGUGGGAGUACUUCUGGGGCGUUGGCUCGGCGCCCGGCGGCCGGGGCGGGGGCGGGGGCGCUGCUGCUGGUUUCGGCUUCUGGCGAGGGUCGUACGGCCGACCCGAGAACGGCGCCCACCAGUUCGGGUUUGGAUGGAGCGGUCGUUCCGACGAGGGACGCGUCGGCGGGGGAGGAGGCGGCGGUGGAGGGUUCGGCUUCGGAUUCGGUGGCGGGGGCGGGGGCGGGGGCGGGGGUGGGACUUCGAGCGUUGGAGGGUUCGGGUUUGGUGGAGCUCGCGGUGGCGGAGCAGGCUCUAACAGCGCUCCGCCGCGGGGUACCGGACCGUGA